AUGCCUCCAAGAAGAGAAGAUCCCGAAAUWGYRAGACUUGUGUCCGAGCAAAUUCUUGCGGCCCUUCCUAAUAUAGUUAGCCAAGUAGCAGCAGGCUUGAACGCUAACCAAGCAAACAACCAAGAUACAACAGCAAAUAAAGAUUGCACAUACAAAGGCUUUAGGGCUUGCAACCCAAAAGAAUUCCAUGGGACAGAAGGAGUCGUGGGAUUACUUAUUUGGAUUGAAGGAAUGGAGUACGUCCUUCAUAUCAAUAAAUGUGCUGAAGGGAGCAAAGUGAAGUUUGCAGCCUGUUUACUGCAAGGACGGGCAUUGACAUGGUGGAAUACCCAGAUACAAACCCGAGGUCGGGAAGUAACCAACAGACUUACGUGGGAAGAAUUCAAGAAAUUACUCAAGGAAGAGUACUGUCCGAGGAGCGAGAUCCAAAAGUUAGAAGUAGAACUGUGGAAUCACGAAAUAAAGGGAAAUGAUGUAGACUCAUACACCGCUCGCUUUCAUGAGCUAGCAAAACUGGUGCCACACUUAGUAUCACCCGAAGAGAACCGAAUUGACCGUUAUGUCUGGGGUUUAGCUCCAGAAAUCCGGGGGAAUGUGACUUCGGCUAAUCCAAAAACACUUCAGGACGCUGUGAACUUAGCGACAAAACUCACCAACAAUGUUAUUCGGUCAGGAUCAUUUGCGAAUGAUAAAGUCAAGGAUAGGAGCUUCGUGUCACUAGAAUUUAGACCAAAGAUUAGUUUAAAGUCACAAAAGCUUAAAGAAGAUUUCGUUAUCGAGUUUGCUAAUGGACAGGAAGUUAGGACUAAAGAUGUAAUCACGAAUUGUACCUUACGUUUAGCCGAACAAGACUUUAGCAUAAACCUUAUUCCAAUCAAAUUAGGAAGCUUUGAUGUAGUUGUGGGUAUGGAUUGGCUAUCCAAAAAUCGAACCGAGAUAUGUUGUUUUGAGAUGACCAUUCGAAUUUUAAAAGAAAGUGAAACGCUCGUGGUGCACAGAGAGAAGUCCCAGAGAAAUUUCAAGUUAGUAACAGGCAUGAAGAUGCAGAAAUACUUGAAAAAGGAAUAUGUCGCAUUUAUGGCCCACAUUGUGGAUAAGGAAAUCGAAGAGAAACGCAUCCAAGAUUUUCCCAUAGUUCGGGAUUUUCCCGAGGUAUUUCCCGAUGAGCUACCAGGAUUACCCCCGUUACGGCAAGUCGAAUUCCACAUUGACUUAAUUCCUGGAGCAGCGCCUGUUGCCAAAUCACCUUAUCGUUUGGCACCAUCGAAAAUGAAAGAAUUGUCAGAACAACUUAAGGAGCUACUCGACAAAAGAUUCAUCAGACCCAGCUCUUCACCCUGGGAAGCUCCAGUACUAUUUGUUAAAAAGAAAGACGGGUCCCUUCGGAUGUUCAUCGAUUAG